AGGAACUGGGACCGAUGACAAGCACUCAAGUCACGACCAUCUGAUGCUGCCGGUGGAUUUUUUUGUGAUUUCGUCGGAGAUUUGGCCCCUCCCUCCUUGGCCCCGCCUCCCAUCGCCAUCAGAACUCAUAAAGAGACCUGCCCGGCUGCAUCCAGGCACUCGCCCUAAAAGUCGCCCCGAGAAGCAAAGCGAGGACGCUGCAGAAGAGGAAGAGGAGGAUUCCCGGAGCCAAGCCUCAUGGAGGGCAAAGCGAAGAUAACCUGCCCCCUUCUCUUUGCUUUGAUUGUUGCUGCCAUUGGACCUCUCCAAUAUGGGUACAACAUUGGUGUCACCAACGCUCCUGAGGAGAUUAUCAAGAACUUUUUCAAUGAGACAUGGACAUAUCGAACAGGAAAACCUAUCUCUGAGAAUCUCAAAACUUCACUUUGGUCCCUCUGUGUGGCUAUUUUUCCAAUAGGCGGGAUGGCCGGCUCAUUUUCUGUUGGACUUUUUGUCAAUAGAUUUGGCAGACGAAACUCUAUGCUGAUGGUGAACAUUCUGGCCAUUAUAGGUGGCGUUUUGAUGGGCUUAUGCAAGUUGGCAAAGGCUAUGGAGAUGUUCAUUAUUGGCCGCUUUGUCAUUGGCAUCUUCUGCGGUCUCACCUCUGGCUUUGUUCCCAUGUAUAUCAGUGAGAUCUCUCCCACUGCUCUGCGAGGGGCUUUUGGCACCCUCCAGCAGCUUGGCAUUGUUGUGGGCAUCUUGGUGGCACAGAUCUUUGGCCUAAACGUCAUCAUGGGAACAGAAACUCUAUGGCCACUCUUAUUAGGUUGCACCAUUGUUCCAUCCAUCCUCCAAUGUAUACUGCUGCCAUUUUGUCCUGAAAGCCCACGUUUCUUGCUGAUCAACAAGAAGGAGGAAGACAAGGCACAAUUAGUUCUUCAGAAACUUCGUGGUGUCCAAGACGUUUCGAGUGAUAUUGAUGAAAUGAAAGAGGAGAGUGUCAAGAUGUCCCAAGAGAAGAAAGUGCCCAUUCUUGAGCUCUUCCGCUCUCCCAGCUACCGUCAGGCCAUUAUCAUUGCCAUUUCACUCCAGCUCUCUCAGCAGCUCUCAGGCAUCAAUGCGGUGAUAUACUAUUCAACUGGAAUAUUUGAAGCUGCUGGUGUGAAAGAGCCUGUCUAUGCGACCAUUGGCACUGGUGUCAUCAACACAGUCUUCACAGUAGUAUCGCUCUUCCUUGUGGAGCAUGCAGGGCGCAGGACGCUCCACUUAAUUGGCUUGGGAGGCAUGGCUGUCUGUGCAGCGAUCAUGACCCUCAGCUUGGCAUUAAAGGCUACUGUGACCUGGAUGAACUACAUCAGCAUUAUUGCUACUCUUGCAUUCGUUGCUUUGUUUGAAAUUGGCCCUGGUCCCAUCCCUUGGUUUAUUGUGUCUGAACUCUUCAGCCAGGGCCCUCGUCCAGCAGCGGUGGCUGUGGCAGGAUUCUCAAACUGGACAUCCAAUUUCCUUGUGGCCAUGCUUUUCCCAUACGCUAGUCUGUACUGGGGCCCAUAUGUUUUCAUCGUCUUUGUUGUCUUUCUCGUCUUCUUCUUCUUCUUCACCUUCUUUAAAGUCCCUGAGACAAAAGGCCGGACUUUUGAAGACAUCUCUAGUGGAUUUGAGCGGCGAACAGAGGACGGUAUUGCUUCACCUCCUGUGGAAAAGAACUCAAUGGUGGAAUUGACAAGCAUACAGCCUGCAAAAGAUGAUGCCGCCGGCGUUUAAAAGGCUCUGUUCUUGACACCUGCUUGUCAUUGAGGUUAAUCCUCAUGGGGGAAAAGCCGCUAUAACCUUUAAAUUGCUGCUAUUUUUUCAUUUCCCCUCUCAGUUCCUUGUGUCUGCCAAGACUUUUGCAAAGUACUAAACUAUGAAAUGGGUAGGGAGCCUUUACCUGCUUCCAUCACUUGAAGGUGUUAUGGCAAAUCUAACCUCAUUCUUCCCAACUUGCUCCAUUUUGCCACUCAUCUAGAGAGACUUGAGAAAUAUUGCUGUUUUUUCUCUCUCUCUUCCUCUUUUUUUUAUUCCACUCAUGUUGAAUUGUUACACAGGGGCUAACGCAUUUAUGUCUGUAUUGUUUAUUAACAGCUUCGGAAAAAUGCUUUUCUGUACGUGAGCUAGCAGCUCCUCUUUUGUUAAGACAACUUUCUAUACUGUGAGUGUUGAAAGUGUCCACAACGUGGGAUUUCCUCUGCCGGGAAAGAUCUGUUAAAUCUAUUUAUUUCAUCAAUUGGGAGGGAUUGGGAAAUGGGGUAAUGAUACAAUGGAUACUCCUUCUCUUUUUUGUACAAUCAAAAUAUUUUUAUUUUCUAGAGUGUAUUUAUUUAUGUGUCACAUGAGUUGUAAAUAUUUAUUUUUAUGUAAAAAGAUGCUUCUAUGUAUAAACGAACCAGAGCAGAUGUUUUAGACAGACGUUUUAAGGUGAGAAGGACUAUGACUGUAAAAAGAAUAGGAUAGGAUACC